ACGAGCGCAAUGGCGGCACCGUUGUUGCCAUGGAAAAUAAGGUGGAAAGCGCUUGCGGUUGGGGCUUUCAUAUGAAGCGGGGUUUUCUUGCUUUCUCUUUAUAUUUGACUGAGCAAAGCAAACUGCUACAUGUUUCUUUUCAUUUGAACUUCUAACUUACUAUUACUGUCAUUUUAUCUGCACUAUAUAGUGUUUUUGGCAUCCAUCAUUUAUUCAUAUUUACACACCAGAUAUCCAAUAAUCGCGGGCGUUUGACGCAGGGAUAGAGAGACAUCACAUUAUUAAUUCUAACAGAUACUAUUGACAGGAUGGGAUGCUGUUUUGUGCUCACUCUGUUCGUUUCGCUCCUUCACGGUGUUUUUGGUGGUGAUGGAGUAAAAGUGUCGGAAAUGGAGGGAGACAAAGUCACUCUGAACACUUAUAUAAUCAAAAAAGAGCAUGACAAGUUGCUGUGGUAUUUUGAAGACACUCGUAUCGCUCUGGUCAAUGGACAUCCCAACACGAGCUGUUUAUAUGAUGGAGAAGACGGGAGAUUCAGAGACAGACUGAAGGUGGACUAUAAGACUGGAUCUCUGAUCAUCACAAAUAUCACAACUGAACACACUGGACGUUAUGAAGCAGAGAUCAUCAGAAGUGAGAGUUCAGGGAAAAGACAAAGUUUAAACAGAAACCGCAAGUGUGAUAGCACAAAAAUCACCAAAAAAAUCACCAUCAGUCAAGAUGAUACCAUAAAAACUUUCAAUGUGAUCGUCACUGCUCUGUCUGAUCAAGUCGAAAGCAACGACGAGCCCAGUAUGGAGAAGAGGGAGUCUGACUUGGAUUCAGGUCUGUCUUUAGCUGCUGUAGCAGGAAUAUGUGCUGCUCUUCUGCUGCUGACUGUUGUAGCUGCUACUGCUGUGAUCUUCAGAAAUGGAAUUAGGAAGAAUGAAAACAAUGGACUACAACGCAAUGAUGAGAAGGAGAAAGACGAUCCCAAAAGUGUCAUUAUAAAAUGAGGAAAGCGGAAGCAAUCUUCUCUUUAAAACAUAUACUUACCUAAAAAACAUAAACCUUGUUCAAAUCCAGCAUCGAACUGGACCUUGUUUAUAAAACAUUUGUCAACAAACACACUUGUAAAACUCCUUUGCUAUCGCGUAAAAUUAGACAUCUCUGAGAUUUUUCUGUUUUGAACAUGGCUCCUGAUGACUAAUUUAUUGCGUGUUUCGGUGCCCACGAGCAUAUGUCCCUUGCUAACAAGAAGCUAUGCUUCUAACCACAGGUGGAGAGUUGUUUUUCCUACCACAUCAGAUUGUGAUGCUAUGUUUCAGGAUGUUUGUUUGAACUAAUGUUUCGGGGAAAACGGGGCAUUUCCUGAACAUUCCUGUAAAACGACGUAACUCGCUGAUUAACCACCAUAGUGCAAUGCAUUGUUGUUGAAACAAACUCAGUUAGCUGGAUUUGAUUAUUGAGGAUUUGGCAUGACUUUGGAUUGUUUGGUUCUUCGAAGCUCGUCCCAGUGUUGAUCGCAUCUUUUUAACCAGAACUGAUACUUAAAAUCUGUCCGUUACUGCAGCUACUUUAUUACUAGAGUAUCCUACUGAUCCAGGGACAAUCAUUUUAAAUAAUAAUGAUUUUAUUAAAUUAAUUUAAAGACAGUAUAAUAUUGUUAAGUAGUCUUUAAUACUAUAGACACAGAACGUUUUACUAUUCGACAUAAAAUAAGUACUUCAUGAUUGUAUUAGAAGUCUUGCACACAGAUAAUAUAGAGUUGUGCAUUAAUUUGAGUGAUGACAGAUAUUAUCGGAUAUAUUAAUGCAGAUAACAUGAUCUUGACUCUUAAGAAACUCUCACAUGGCAAACCUGUUUCAAAGAUCAAAAUUAAUUUGAAAUAUGAAUAGCUUAUUACUACUUUGAAAUAAAAACGUAACGCCUGUACAAAUAUUAGAAGUCAUAAAUAUAAAUUAUCGAGUAGCCAUGAAAUGAAAUGCGUGCAGCUACAAUUAUGUAAUAUAGCCUACCUCAUGUAAACUGUGUUACACUCACUGUACACUGAUCUAGAGUAUAUAUUUACAUUCAAUCAAUUAGCAAAUGGUUUUAUUCAAGUCGUGAUGAUGAACAUCGCAAGCACUUUAUUACAUUAGUUAUUAAAAUAAGCUGAAUAAGGACAGAUCUUUGAUCCACCGCAGUUCAACGGCGAGGGUUAAGGUUCUGGAAAGUGACUUUGACGGUUGUUGAUUCUUUGUGCAAUAUAAAAUACGUUACCAAAUAAUUGUAAGACACAGCUAUUUUAAGUUUACGCACAGGACAAUUGAACUUUAUAAACUAGUCAAAAAUGAGGAAAUUGUCUUUGUCAAAAUGUUUUAUAUUGACAUUAUGUGUAACACAUUGUGUAAACUUUUACUGUCAUUGCUCAGAACUGAGGUUGAAUUGAUCUUUCAAGCUUCAUCCAUAAACUGUGUAAUGUUUUUAUAAUAUUAUUCUGUAUUCUGGAAGUCCAAUUUAUUUUCUCUAUUGAAAAACUGGUGAAUGAUUCUGUAUAAACUACAGACAUGUAAGCAAGUAUACUUACUUAAAAAAAAAUGACAUGAAGAAAGUUGUAGUUUAUGUAAUCUAGUUUACUCAUUAAUGGUAAAGAUUCUGUGCUUAUGUUGCUGAGGUGUUUUUCCUGUCCCCACAGGAGCAUAGUCGGUUUUGUUUUGCUUUCUCUUCCCUCUCCUCAUGUUAUGCUGUAUUUAUUCAAUGCCCUGUCUUCCUGUCCUGUCCACCCCCUUGUCAUAUUGUAUGUAUGGACAGGUUGAUGGCUAAUUUCACGGUACCUGUGACCAGUGACAAUAAAGGCUACUACUACUACUAAUGUAUUCUGACCACAUUACUUUUGAAAUAACUUGUUC